AUGCCGACCCGUUCAAAUUAUAAUCAAUCAUCAAAUCAUCCAAUUUUAAAUAAUAAUAAUAAUGUAAAUCAAAUAUCAACAAUAAAUUUAACAAAUACAAAUGUUGAUAUAAUGUCUUAUAUAGGAAAAGUCUUAACUAUAAAUCAAUAUCAAGUUAUUGUUGAAGAUAUUCUUGGACAAGGUGGUUUUGCAUUUGUUUUUCUUGUUCGAUCAUUAAAUCAACAACGUUAUGCACUUAAACGAAUGUAUGUUAAUAAUGAACGAGAUUUAAUUGUAUGUCAACGUGAAAUAUCUAUAUUAAAAGAAUUUUCAUCACAUACAAAUAUUGUUAAAUAUGUUGAUUCAUCUAUACAACGUUUAUCACCACCAUCACAAUCAAAUAUACAACGAAAACAUUUAUCUAAUGAUGAUGAUGAUGAAGAUGAUGAUGAUGAUAAUGAACAAGAUUCUAUUUAUGAAAUACUUUUAUUAACUGAAUACUGUUCAAAUGGAGCAUUAAUUACUCGUCUAAAUGAACAACGUACUAAUGGUAUACCAUUAAAUGAACGUCAAAUUUUACGUAUAUUUGCCGAUAUUUGUAAUGCUGUAAGUGCAUGUCAUUAUCGUCGUCCUCAACCAAUAUUACAUCGUGAUAUUAAAUUGGAAAAUAUUCUUAUUGAUUCUCAUCAAUCGUUUGUUUUAUGUGAUUUUGGUUCUGCUGUAAUGCUUCCACCUUCAACAACAAAUAAUCAUCAACAAUAUCAAUCAAAUCAAUUAACAACAACUAUUAUACAACAACUUGAAGAAGAAAUUCAACGUUAUACAACAUUAUCUUAUCGUGCACCGGAAAUGAUCGAUUUAUAUAGUCGUUUACCAAUAACAUUAAAAGUUGAUAUAUGGGCAAUGGGAUGUCUUUUAUAUAAACUUAUGUUUAAUACAAUGCCGUUUGGUGAUAGCAUUUUAGCCAUACAAAAUGGAACAUUUGUUAUACCAGAUGAUAUGUCACAAGUUUAUAGUCGAGAUUUGAAUAAACUCGUUCGUUUUAUGUUAGAAAUAGAUAUUAACAAACGACCAGAUAUUUGGCAGGUAUAA